AUGUCGAUCGAUCGGUCGAGGGGCUCGAAAAAGCUGGUGAAGUCGAUUUGCGCGGUCGGCGCAUACGUGCUGGGGGCAUGUUUGCUCAUCUUCUUCGCCGUUUUCGUCGUGUACAUCGUUUAUGAGCUUCACCAAUUCAUCCCGAUCCCACCACGCAUUAACCUGGAAUGUGCACGCUACAUGGACAAUUCUGUCGAAGGCCAGGGGCUUUUGGCCGACUACGUGAUGAACCGUAGCGUACACGAAGCACCUACAAAAGUUCUAGCCGGAUGCUGGGGCAUCAAGAAGCGGAGAUACUUCCCCAUCUACCUCCCUGCGCGCCUCGAGUUCUACUACCCCAUCUACUUCAUCCGGCUUGUUGGCAAGCACUACUCCUUCAUGGAAAGGACGUUGAGCAUGAUGUACUCGCCAUCGCAUUUUUACUGCAUGCCGGUCGAGGCAAAUUCAACACCAGAAUUUGAGGCCAAGGUCCGUAACCUUGGAAUGUGCAUGCUGAACGUGGUGGUCCCGCCGGGGAAAUUCAACGGAUCUGACCCGAUUCAGUACUUCGCCGCCCAGAAAGCCUGCCUGGCCGCGAUGCCGAUGUACGAUUGGCAGCAUUUGGCGGUGCUCAUGGAAGCCGACGUUCCGCUACAGGCCAUACAACGGAUCGGAGAGGCCCUGGCGGCCCUAAGGAAUUCUUCAAGAAUCGGCCUCCACGAAAUCACCGAAAACCAGCUGAGCGAAAUGACGCAAAUGAAUGCCACGGCAUCAGUACAUCUAAAAUCGACGAUCGUCCAGUGGUGGCAACGGAAGCUGGAGCCACUUUUCAUCAGCCGGCACUUCAGCGGGCUGCUUUACGACUUCAUCGAUAAGAAUUUGGCCAGAAAAGACUUCACUACUGCCAAAUUCGAGGCUCCUGCCAAUCAAACAUGUCGUACGGAACAUUUCGACGAAUUCGGGCACUGCGUUCACGGGAUGGAGGAUUUGGCCGACGAUGCUGAUAGCCGACAGCUGUUCGCGCGGGCAGACCCCGACUUUGACCUCGGCUACGUCGACUGCAUUCACGAGAUGAAAAUGCCGAUGAACGUCGACGCUCCGCUUGAUGAUAUCAUCCAAACCCAGCGAUCGCAGCGCGGCGGUUUCCGGCGAGGAGGACUUCGAGGUGGACGUGGUGGAUUUGGAUAUCGACAGCCGAUGCACGGUGGCUUCCAGUCCCGAGCCAUCCCACAAGCUUCCGGCCCCGUGCGGGUCAAUAUCGCGAAUUUGUAUAACGUCUCGGAGCUUUUCGUCGAGUACCCCCACGACGGCAUCACGGUCCAUUAUGAUGAGGAGGGACUUCCGGUUGGGACAGCUGAUAUUCACUUCAGAACUCGCCCCAACGCCGCCGCCGCCUUGAUCAGGGACAACGAGGGCCUCAGGAUUGAUGGCCGCCCCUUGAAAUUCUUCCUCCUUGGCCAGCGCCCCACCCCGAUCAACUUUAUGCAAAAGUACCGCAACAACACCCAGCCCUCCAUCCCCUACUAUGGACGUGUACGAGGGGUUGGCGGCAUCCGGAAGCGCGGCUACCUGCAGCAAUCCCGCGGCGCCCCGCCCAAGCGCAUGAGCGAGGCCGAGCUGAACGCCCAGAUCGAUGCGUACAUGGGAAAA